AUGGCGACUAAGAACUGGGAAGAAGUUGCUGUUCAAAAGCGGCAGAAGCAAGCAGAAGAUAUCGCAGCUUUCGUCUCGGCAGAGUUGUCCGAUGCUGAUCAGCGAAAGGAGCUCUAUGGGUCUAUCACGAGCAUCGACAAUAUUACUUUGUUGGCAGAGAAGAUCAGGAAAAACGAGUAUUCGACAGAAGAUGUUACGAGGGCGUAUAUCUCACGCGCGAUUGAGGCGCACAAGAGAACGAACUGCCUCACUGAGAUCCUCUUCAAUGAUGCUCUAGCUCAAGCCCGAGAACUCGAUCAGUACUACUCCAAAGAAGGCAAGACAAAAGGACCCUUCCAUGGUAUACCAAUUAGCUUGAAAGACCAGUUCAACGUCAAAGGCCACGAUACGACUCUAGGCUACACUGGCAAAUCCUUUAGGCCAGCUUCUGAAGAUGCAGUUCUGGUCAACAUCCUGAAGAAACUGGGUGCCGUCGUGAUCUGCAAGACAAACCUUCCGCAGAGUAUCAUGUGGGCUGAGACUGAUAACCCUCUUUGGGGCUUGACCGAGAACCCGAUUAUUCCUGGUUACACACCCGGAGGUUCGACAGGCGGUGAAUCGGCUCUUCUGUAUUCUCAAGGAAGUCUUGUAGGGUUUGGAUCGGACUUGGGUGGUAGUAUUCGCAUGCCAGCUCAUUUGAUGGGGUUAUAUGGCUUUAAGCCCAGUAGCCCUCGUCUGCCUUAUUACGGUGUACCUGUCACAACCGACGGCCAGGAACACGUCCCCUCAUCAAUCGGUCCCCUUACGCGCUCAAUGUCAUCAAUUCGUGAUGUAACAAAGGAGAUAAUACUGCAAGAACCUUGGACCCAAGACUGUCGUUGCGUUCCUAUUCCCUGGCGCCAAAAUGCCUAUGACGAAGUACUCAAUCGAAAGUUGACAAUUGGCAUUUUUCGCGACGAUGGAGUCGUGAAGCCUCAUCCUACCAUCUCUCGGGUACUUGAAGAGGCAGUCACAGCACUCCGAUCUGCUGGACAUGAAGUAAUCGAAUGGAUCCCCGACCGGCACGCAGAGAUCAUCAAAGUCAUGGACGCUUACUUCACCGUCGACGGUCUCGAAGACGUCCGCCGCGAUAUAGAAGUAGGAGGCGAACCCAUCAUUCCCGCUGUUCAGGCCCUCGUCGACCGUGGGAAGGCCAUUUCUGUCUUUGAGUAUUGGCAACUCAACAAGCGCAAGCGCGAACUCCAACAAGCCUACCUAGAGAAAUGGAACAGCGCCAUCUCAGAAAAGACUGGCCGAGUAGUAGAUGCGCUCAUAACACCUGCUCUGGUACACGCCGCUGUACCGCAUAAUAGUAUCAAGUGGGUUGGAUAUACCAAGGUGUGGAAUCUGCUUGACUACACGGCUUUAGUGAUCCCAGCGGGGAGAGUUGAGCCGCAGGAUCUCGAAGCGAAGUGGGAUCAUGAGACUAGGAAUGAGAAAGAUGAGUGGUGUAAGAAGCUUUGGGAGGAGAGAAAGGAAGAGAUGGCGAAGCAUCAAUUGCCGGUGGACAUUCAGAUCGUUGGAAGGCAUUUGGAGGAGGAGAAGGUGUUGGCUAUUGGUAAGGUCAUCGAUGAUCUUCUGCGUAGUCGACCUCAGUAG